AUGCUUCCAAUAAGAGCGUUGCCAAUUACAGCAUUUCCAGUGCUUCAUGCUAUCAGGCCUCCAGGAGACUACAAAUUUGGCUCACCAAAAUUUUCUAACUUGGAAAGUCAUGGUAUUGUGGCAAUUACAUAUAAAUCCAUUGAAACAUUCCAUAUUGCUUUUCGCCAGAUUAUAUCAUCAAUAUCUAGAGAUGGUACUGCGGUCUUGACAAAUCAACUUUUUAAAGAUAUUGACUCAAGAGCGACGAAAAGUACUGAUUACGACCUAAUCUUUGAAAAGAUUUACAUUGAAGAAUCAGAUAUUGAAUGGUUGGAAAACGAAUUGAAACAGGCAGGCAAAGAGUGUUUGUUAUCAAUAGAGAUCUGGAAUGGAUAG